GCCAUGGCCGCCGCCCAGAUCCUCAGCGGCAAGACCGUCUCCGCGCAAGUACGGGAGAGACUGCAGAACCAAGUGGCAAAGUUAAAGGAGACAGCCCCAGGAUUCAGACCAGGCCUUGCAAUUUUGCAGGUUGGUGAUCGGGAUGAUUCAAAUCUCUUCAUUCGCAUGAAGCUGAAGGCGGCCGCUGAGAUCGGGAUCAAUGCCAAUCACAUCAAGCUGCCAAAUACUGCAUCAGAAGCUGAGGUGCUGAGGUGCGUUAAUGCGCUGAACGAAGAUCCGGCCAUUCACGGGUUUAUCGUACAACUGCCUCUGGAUUCGAACAAGCCCAUCAACACCGAGAAAAUAACCAAUGCUGUGGUGCCCGAAAAGGAUGUGGAUGGCUUGAGCAGCAUCAAUGCAGGGAAGCUUUCCAGAGGAGACCUGGGCGACUGUUUCAUCCCUUGCACGCCCAAAGGGUGCAUGGAACUCAUCAGGCAAACAGGUAUCCAAGUGGCGGGCAAGAGAGCCGUGGUGAUCGGGCGGAGCAAGAUAGUUGGAGCGCCGAUGCAUGACCUUCUGCUCUGGAACCAUGCCACGGUGACCACAUGCCACUCCAAGACUGCUUCGCUGGCUGAGGAAGUUGGUAAAGCGGAUAUCUUGGUGGUUGCUGCUGGCAAAGCUGAGAUGGUGAAAGGGGAGUGGAUUAAACCUGGCGCGGUCGUGAUAGAUUGCGGGAUCAACCACAUACCAGAUAGCACAAAGGCCAGUGGGAAAAGGGUAGUUGGGGAUGUGGCGUACAGUACAGCCAAGGAGAAAGCCUCUUACAUCACCCCAGUGCCUGGUGGGGUCGGACCAAUGACUGUGGCCAUGCUGAUGCAGAGCACAGUAGAAAGCGCCCAGCGUUUUCUAGAGAAAUACCAACCCGGCAAGUGGAAUAUUCAGUACAACCAGCUCAGUCCCAGAACCCCUGUUCCAAGUGACAUCGAAAUUUCUCGGUCUUGCUCUCCCAAGCCCAUCGGCCAGCUGGCCAGAGAGAUCGGCUUGCUCUCCGACGAGGUGGAACUCUACGGUCACAGGAAGGCCAAGAUUUUGCUGUCGGCCCUGGGACGCCUGAAAGACCAGCCGGACGGCAGAUACGUUGUGGUCACAGGAAUAACCCCAACGCCUCUGGGAGAAGGGAAGAGCACCACGACCAUCGGGCUGGUUCAAGCCCUGGGAGCGCACCUGGGUCGGAAUGCCUUUGCCUGCGUCCGGCAGCCAUCCCAGGGCCCCACGUUUGGAAUUAAAGGUGGUGCUGCCGGAGGUGGCUAUUCUCAGGUUGUUCCAAUGGAGGAGUUCAAUCUCCAUCUCACCGGAGACAUUCAUGCGAUUACGGCAUCCAACAACCUGGUGGCCGCCUCCAUCGAUGCCCGCAUUUUUCACGAAGCGACGCAGUCGGAUCAGGCGCUUUACUCUCGCUUGGUUCCUUUGAUCGAUGGCACCAGGAAGUUUUCCGAUAUCCAGAUCCGGAGAUUGCAGAGAUUACAUAUUAAGAAGACGGACCCAGACACUUUGACGGAAGAUGAGAUUAAGAAAUUUGUGAGACUGGAUAUUGAUCCGGAGAGUAUAACAUGGGCAAGAGUGUUGGACACCAAUGACCGAUUUCUGCGGAAGAUCACUAUCGGCCAGUCGCUGACAGAGAAAGGGCAUUCCCGCACGACCCAGUUUGACAUCACAGUAGCCAGUGAGAUCAUGGCUGUUUUAGCGCUCACGGAUAGUCUGGAAGACAUGAGGAGACGGCUGGCCAGAAUGGUGGUGGCGUCCAGUAGGGAAGGCAUCCCAGUGACCACAGAAGAUCUGGGAGUGAGUGGCGCUCUGACAGUUCUGAUGAAAGACGCUAUUAAGCCAAACCUCAUGCAGACUUUGGAGGGCGACCCGGUGUUUGUCCACGCUGGUCCGUUUGCCAACAUCGCUCACGGCAACUCCUCCAUCGUAGCAGAUAAGAUUGCCCUGAAGCUGGUUGGCAAGGAAGGGUUUGUGGUGACAGAAGCCGGCUUUGGAGCAGAUAUUGGCAUGGAAAAGUUCUUCGACAUCAAGUGCCGGUAUUCUGGCCUCCAGCCCCAUGUGGUCGUCUUGGUUGCUACCAUCCGAGCACUCAAAAUGCACGGCGGAGGGCCGACGGUCACGGCUGGGGUCCCCUUGCCGAAGGAAUACACAGAAGAGAACCUUCAGCUUCUGGCAAAAGGUUGUUGUAACUUAAGCAAGCAGAUCCAGAAUGCCCGGACCUUUGGCGUCCCAGUCGUGGUGGCGGUCAAUGCAUUCAAAUCCGACACGGAGGCGGAGUUGCAGCUGGUCAUGCACCGGGCAAAGGAAGCCGGAGCUUUCGAUGCUGUGAAAUGCACCCACUGGGCCGAUGGGGGGAAAGGAGCCUUGGCGUUGGCGGAAGCAGUACAGCAGGCGUCCCAGGCCCCGAACAACUUCAGAUUCUUGUAUGAUGUGGAGCUGCCAAUUCUAGAUAAGAUCAAAAUUAUUGCACAGAAAAUAUAUGGGGCAGAUGAUGUUGAAUUGCUGCCCGAAGCAGAGCAGAAAGUCAUGUUGUACACUAAGCAGGGGUUUGGAAACUUGCCCAUCUGCAUGGCUAAAACCCACCUGUCGCUAUCCCAUGACCCAGAACGGAAAGGCGUGCCCACGGGUUUCAUCCUGCCCAUCAGAGACAUCAGAGCCAGCGUGGGUGCAGGAUUCUUAUAUCCGUUAGUAGGAACGAUGAGCACGAUGCCCGGACUCCCUACUAGGCCUUGCUUCUAUGACAUCGAUCUGGACCCAGUGACGGGAGACGUGACCGGCCUGUUCUAG